GCUUUUUGAAACACACGAUCUUCGGUUAUGGUCCGAGGGGAACCAGGAAGCGGCAGCUACCGGAGCUUGAACACCGCUGAUUAAAAACAAGCCCGCAGGUGGACGCCGGCUUUUUGCCGUCACUGUCAGAGGUGAUGGGACGCCUCGGAGAAAAGGAGCGGCUGUAGAACCCCUCGAACGUUAUAGCCGUUGGUGAUGAAGGCAGGUUGUCAGGCAUUACUGUAACCAAGGUUACACGUUCUAUUCUAUUCUCGUGGUUGUCUGUGCCGUUGUGUCGGUUGAGGAGUCAUUUUUUUUUUACCGUUAUAUACCGUCAGCUAGCCCGGUUAGCUCUUUAUUCUGCAGCUAACCGAAGGAACCAUAGCAAUGUUUUUAACACACUCGGAGCUAUGGAGAACCUAUUGGGAGUGUGUCUCCAGACCUUACACGGUGUUCAUCUGCUCCCUCACGGCCGCGUUGUACUAUCUGUGGGGCCGCAAGCGUCAGACACCAGCCCUGGUCUCUAGCAAUGCCUUCAGUGCAUUCCUCCACAAACAUUGUCCCUUGGUGACUGAGCGCUUCAGUCCCACUCCUUGGUGCUGGGGAGGCCGGUUUCAAACACUGGUCUGUGCCGUCCUCAAGUCCAGACCCCCCGUCACUUAUCGCAAUGAGCUGAUCCGUACUGUUGAUGGGGGUCAGAUUUCGCUGGAUUGGGUGGACAAUAAAGACAGUGCGACUUACCCGGAGUCCUCUACACGACCCACAGUACUGAUCCUCCCGGGCCUGACAGGCAACAGCAAGCAGUCCUACGUGCUCCAUGCUCUUAACCAGGCCACCCGCCACGGCUACAGAUGUGUGGUUUUCAACAACAGAGGGCUUGGAGGGGAAGAGUUGUUAACGCCUGUCACCUACUGUGCGGCCAAUACCUCAGAUCUUGAGCGUGUGGUGCACCACAUUAAAGGACUUCUCCCACAUGCCCCUGUGCUUGGUGCUGGCGUGUCUUUGGGAGGCAUGUUAUUGUUAAACUAUCUGGCCCGUAAGCGUACAGAGUCAGGAAUGGUGGCGGGUUUCACCAUCUCAGUCCCCUGGAAUGCACUGAAGUCGGCUGCUUCAAUGGAAGAACCACUCAACUGGCUGCUCUUCAAUAGAUACCUCACUGCCGGCCUGUGUAGUGCUGUCACAAGGCACAGGAAGGUUCUGGAGAAAGUCGUAGACAUAGACUAUGUUGUGAAGGCGCAGACUAUCCGCGAGUUUGACGAACGCUUCACCUCUUUGCUGUUUGGUUAUAAAUCUUGCACCGACUAUUACCACGAUGCCAGCCCCGACAAUAAACUCCACAAUACGGCAGUUCCCAUCUUGUGUCUGAACGCUGCUGAUGACCCGUUCUCUCCCCAAAACGCCUUCCCGUUGAACAUAAUCAAGAGCCUGCCUAAUGUCGCUCUGUUGUUGACGGCCCACGGAGGACACAUCGCCUUCCUGCAGGGUAUGUUUCCCCGGGGUGAGAGCUACAUGGAGCGCCUGUUUGGCCAGUUUGUCCAAGCCGCCUUUGAACACCCCAAGGACAUCAAGAGAGCCUGUGGCAUAAAGGACGAGCAAAGGGGCUGAUCCUCCUUCACCACAUCACUCUGUCUGUACUCUGAACCAGGACUACUGCUAGCUGAGAAGAAUAUGAAGUCACUGGCAUCAUAGCAGUAGAAAAGCUAUUCACAAAAAUGCAUUGCUCAGCUUUGCAUGUCGUUAUCAUCCCACAGUAAUGUUGGGUCUUCUCCAUGUAUGCACAAGGAAUGACCAACUGUAUUGUACAAUCACAUGACCUCACUGCAGCUAUGCAUUCUACCUCCUCAUCUUCUCGGGUUCUCUUUUAAUGAGCCAUCACAGAAGAUGUAAAAAAUAAAAAAAAUGCCUGACUAAGUCAAUGCCCAAUAUUGCAUCAAUACAUGCUAAAAAAAAGAUUUAAACAUUGGUUUAUAAAAAGCCAAUAGAUUGUAAAUCAAUUUUAAUCAUAUUGUUUCUUCCACACGCCGUCCCAUCAUGACUUGGAGCACUGAAGUGUGUUUUGAAACCAAGAUGCACAAUUAUUCAUGGGAAAUUAGUGCUUUAAGUUUAGAUACUAUUUAAAAAUGUAAUUUAAAUAGAAAUGAACUGAAUGUGAAAAUAACCGUGAUACAGUUAUGCUGUUUGUUUUGCCUCAGAGGUUUUGCAGGACUUGUUUUCCUUAAAGUGUGUAACAUUCCUCAAAGGAUUAUUCACCCCCACAUCUUCACCCUGCAUGCAUGCUUUACAUGCAUACACUUUCUUAAUGCAUACCGUACUUUGAGGUUUUAAUAACUGAACUGUAAGCAACAGUUCAGUUAUUAAAACUGUUACUUCUCAACCUGAAAGCCAGCGCAUAGCAGGAAUACACUUUUCUGCCAUGAAGAAAAGACGUAUGGAAUUGUAAGAUAGGUUCAUCAUCUGGGUUUUUGAUUUUAAAACAAAAUAAUGAAAUAUAAAAGUGUAAAAGUUCUGUGUGCUUGUAUAUGCUUUUGCAGUGUGCUUGGUUGCCAUGUAAAUUAUGCAGUACAUCCGAGGUGAAUAAGCUGACACUGUAAAAAGUACUUGAGAUAUUAUGUACAUGCUGUCAAUUAUUUAGUAGUUUUUGAAUUUGUGUUUGUUGCAAUCUGCCUUUUGUUUCACACUGGCGCACAUUGUUUAAUGAAUGGGCAAUAGAUAGAAAAAACUAUCUAGGUUUUCUAGUUUGAUGUGGUAAUUUGUUGAAUUUAAUCACUGAAUUGAUCCAGGACGGUGUGUGAACUGAAUGUCUUUUCAAAACAGUCGUGAACAUAUAGAGGGUUUUGUAUUAUGUGUGUGAAGCACCAAUAGUGCACUGAGGGUAGUAACACAUCGUUUUAUAAUGCCAAUACUAAGGCAAAUUAUGAUUUAUGUCAUUAUUACUAGACGCUGCAGUUGUUGGACUCUUAACAAGAAAUAUGAAGAUUAUAGCAGCAAACGUUGCUAGUUGUUGAUGUAUUGAGUUGAUUUGCUCAUCAGCUCUUUGCAGAUGAUCACCACUAUCACUUGCCUUUGAUGUGUAUUUUUAAUGGACAAAUCCUUCUGUGUUUCAGUUUCCCUUCUGUAUGAGCUGUAACCACAAUCACAGAGUGUUUGCAAUAACAGUUAAGAUUGUUUCCCUUCACCUGAAAGAACGUUGGGCAUUAUGAACAAUCUAUUUGUUUUUUGUGAAUUACACUUGAAUUAAAGAGUGAUAAUA